CUUGGUUAUAAAACGGAAGAUUAAACUGUUAGACUAAAAUAUAAAAAGUCGAGAUUAACACCAGGAUGCCUCGCGGCUUUUUGGUGAAGCGAAGCAAGCGCGGCUCGGUGGGGUCGUACCGGAUCCGAAACGAGAGCGCGGAGCUGCAGAGCUCAGACCCGCACGCGCUGGUGAGAGCCCCGUGCACGGACAGUUUACAGACGGAACACUCAGCGCUCGCGCCCGGGAGAACUGUCUUCCACAGCAGUGUCGGUAACGAGUAUAACGAGGAGGAUGAGGAGGAGGAUGAAGAUGGGAACGCCGGAGAGGAAGAGGAGGAGGAUGAGUGCCACAGACCCGCGGUGCCCCUGAGCUCCCCGGGGUUAAAGCGCUCACCGUUCCCCCGGUGUCUCAGCUCCCCGGCCGCGGCGGAAUCGUUCCCGGUGUCCUCCAUCGAGCGCCUCCUGCUCUCCAGCCGCGCGGACCUGAAGUUCGCUCCGUACCCGCCACCAUUCCAGCAGAGCCCGAAGCCCGAGAGCCGGAGCAAGCCGCCGCCGGUGAGGAAACCCAAAGUCGCACGGAAGCUCAGUUUCGAAGACGAGGUCACGACCUCUCCGGUGCUCGGUCUGCGGAUCAAGAAGGAGAGUCCCGAGAGCGCGGCUUUACCGCGGAGCAAGAAGCCGCUGGGCGAGUUUAUCUGCCAGCUCUGUAAGGAGGAGUACCCGGACCCGUUCUCCCUGGCGCAGCACCGGUGCUCGCGCAUCGUCCGGGUGGAGUACCGGUGCCCGGAGUGCGACAAGGUGUUCAGCUGCCCCGCUAACCUGGCGUCACACAGGCGCUGGCACAAACCGCGCGACUCGCAGGACGGGAAGAAAUCUCAGCCGUCGGUGGAAGGGAAAGAGAACGCGAGCGACGUGCGGGUGAAGCCGCAGCAGCAUCCUCAUCCUCAUCAUCCUCAUCAGCACCAGCUCCUGUUCUUCUCCGCCGAGAGCGCGCAGAGCGGCCUGCCUCCCGCGGACACGGAGAAGUGCUUCGAACUGCGCGCGAGCCCCGGUGACGACGGCUCGAGGCUCGCGCCUCGGUACCUGUGCGCGCGGGCAGAAGGAAGAGGAGGAGGAGAUGAGGAAGAGGAAGAGUACGCGUGCCACUACUGCACCAAGAAGUUCCGGCGGCACGCGUACCUCAGGAAGCACCUCGCUGCGCACCAGAGCGUCCACGCGGCGGCGUACAAGCACGCGGAGAGCGCACCGCCGAUCCCGUUCGCGUGCCACCUGUGCGGCGCGCGCUUUCCCACGCCGGAGGUGCGCGAGAAGCACCGGCUCUGGCACGCGCUCGCGGGGCCCGGUAAGGCGGCGGGCGGCACCCUGAUGCGGCCGGAUCUCAUGCUGCCUCCGAAACCGAGCCGGAUGUGGGAAGUUCCGACCUGA